AUGAGCAAGAAAGAUCUCUUACUCUCCAUGAGGUCUCUUUACGGACUGUACCCGUACAAGUCCAGUAUGAUCAGCCUGGAGUCUCUCGCGGACCCAUCCAGUGAGUGGGACAUCGUAGAGACCAUCGGGAAGGGAACCUAUGGAAAAGUCUAUAAGGUCAUUCAUAAAAAGAAUGGCAAUCAGGCAGCCGUCAAAGUCCUUGACCCCAUCAAUAAUGUCAGUUGUUUUGGACAGGAUGUUGACGAGGAGAUUGAAGCAGAAUACAACAUCCUCAGGUCUCUGUCCAACCACCCCAACGUGGUGAAGUUCUUGGGCAUGUUCUACAGGACCACCGAGCUUUCUGGAGGCCAGCUCUGGCUGGUACUGGAGUUGUGUAAUGGGGGUUCGGUCACUGACCUCAUUAAAGGCCUGCUGAUUCGUGGUCGGCAUCUGGAGGAGCCAUUGAUCUCGUACAUCUUAUACGGAGCUCUGCUGGGUCUUCAGCAUCUCCACAACAACCGAAUCAUCCACCGAGACGUCAAAGGAAACAACAUCCUGCUCACCACUGAAGGAGGAGUAAAACUGGUAGACUUUGGGGUCUCUGCUCAGCUCACCAGCGCUCGCUUAAGGAGAAAUACAUCUGUUGGCACUCCCUUCUGGAUGGCUCCUGAGGUCAUAGCAUGUGAACAGCAGUUUGAUUACUCAUACGACGCUCGCUGUGAUGUGUGGUCUCUGGGUAUCACGGCGAUAGAGUUGGCUGAUGGAGACCCUCCGCUGGCAGAGAUGCAUCCCGUCAAAGCACUCUUCAAAAUCCCACGGAACCCGUCUCCGAUGCUGAGGAGUCCUGAGCAGUGGUGUCGAAGCUUCAGUCAUUUCAUUGCUCAGUGUUUGAUUAAAGAUUUUGAGAGUCGUCCGUCUGUGACUCACCUGCUGGAACAUCCCUUCAUUAAGCAGGCACACGGUAAAGACUCCACACUGAGGGCACAGCUCUCUGUCCUGAUCCGGGAGCAGCAAGAACUGGGCUGCAGGACCAAGACCAGACAUGAAAGGAUCAAUACACGGAAAACGCUGAUAAUUGAAAGCUGUCCUGACGAUGAUCUGGUGAAUCUGGAGGUUUUAGAUGAGGAGUCCAUUAUAACACACCUUCAGAAGCGCUAUGAUGAGUUACAAAUCUACACAUAUGUUGGAGACAUUCUCAUCGCUCUCAAUCCUUUCCAAAGCUUGAGUAUCUACUCUCCACAGUUCUCCAAACUCUACCACGGUGAGAAACGCUCAGCCAAUCCUCCUCACAUCUUUGCCACAGCAGAUGCAGCCUACCAGGGAAUGGUGACCUUCUGCAAAGACCAGUGCAUUAUAAUCAGUGGAGAGAGUGGAGCUGGGAAGACUGAGAGUGCUCAUCUGAUUGUCCAACACCUCACCUAUCUGGGCAAGGCUAACAAUCGAAUGCUGAGAGAGAAGAUCUUACAGGUGAACCCUCUAGUGGAGGCUUUCGGGAACGCAUGCACUGCCAUAAAUGACAAUUCCAGCCGUUUUGGGAAGUAUCUGGAGAUGAAAUUCACCCCUACGGGAGCUGUGAUGGGGGCCAAAAUUUCAGAGUACCUGCUGGAAAAGUCUCGUGUUAUCAAACAGGCCACGGGGGAGAAAAACUUCCAUAUUUUUUAUUACAUAUAUGCUGGCCUUUAUCACCAAGACAAACUCAAGAGCUACAGACUGCCUGAAAAGACUGCCCCCAGGUACAUUAAUAGUGCAAAUGGCAAAGUGAUGCAGGACAUUGUCUCCAGUAAACUGUAUAAAGAACAGUUUGAGGCUAUUCAGGACUGUUUCCGCAUCAUAGGGUUCACAGAAGAGGAAGUGACCUCGGUGUACAGGAUCCUUGCUGGUAUUUUGAACACUGGGAAUAUUGAGUUUGCCUCCAUUACAUCCCAACACCAAACUGAUAAGAGUGAGGUCCCUAAUGCUGAGACUUUAGAGAACGCGGCGGCGCUGUUGAGUAUUGGACCAGAGGAAUUCCAGGAGGCCCUGACCUCCCACUGUGUGGUGACCCGUGGUGAGACCAUCAUCCGCACCAACACAGUGGACAAGGCCACGGACGUGCGUGACGCCAUGUCCAAAGCCUUGUACGGACGUCUCUUCAGCUGGAUCGUCAACCGAAUCAACACCCUGCUCCAGCCAGACGCCAACAUCUGUGCUGUGGAGAAUGGAAUGAACGUGGGCAUUCUGGACAUCUUUGGCUUUGAGAACUUUAAGAAGAACUCUUUCGAGCAGCUCUGUAUAAACAUUGCCAACGAACAGAUUCAGUUUUACUUUAAUCAGCACAUAUUUGCCCUGGAACAGAUGGAGUACCAGAGUGAAGGGGUGGAUGCGGGGCUGGUGGAGUAUGAGGAUAACAGACCAAUCCUAGACAUGUUUCUGCAGAAGCCCAUGGGUCUGCUCUCUCUCCUGGACGAGGAGAGCCGCUUCCCACAGGCCACAGACCAGACGUUAGUCGACAAAUUUGAAGAUAAUCUGCGGUACAAGUAUUUCUGGAGACCGAAGCGUGUCGAGCUGUGUUUUGGAAUUCAGCAUUAUGCUGGAAAGGUCUUGUACAAUGCCAAUGGUUUUCUGGAGAAGAACAGGGACACUCUGCCUGCCGACAUUGUGGUCGUCCUGAGAACGUCUGAGAACAAACUCCUCCAGCAGCUCUUCUCCAGUCCCCUGACCAAAACAGGUAACCUGGCCACAUCCAGAGCACGCGUCACAGCCGCCUCCAGGUCACUCCCUCCCCAGCUCAGCAGUGGGCGGCAUAAGUCUCCCAAGUACCUGUUAAAGGUGGACACCAUGGAGGUGAUGCGACAUCCUGAGGAGACUACCAACAUGAGGAGACAAACCGUGGCGUCUUACUUCCGUUACUCUUUGAUGGAUCUUCUGUCUAAAAUGGUGAUGGGUCAGCCUCAUUUUGUCCGCUGUAUAAAACCCAACGAUGACAGACAGGCUCUGCGCUUCUGUAAGGAGCGAGUGAUGGUGCAGCUCCGAUACACUGGCAUCCUGGAGACAGUGAACAUUCGCCGGCAGGGCUAUUCCCACCGCAUCCUCUUUGAGGAGUUUGUUAAGAGGUAUUAUUACCUGGCCUUCCGUGCCCACCAGAUGCCAGAGAGCAGUAAAGAGAACGCCAUGGCCAUUCUGCAGAGAGCCAAACUGGAAAACUGGGUGUUGGGGAAAACCAAGGUUUUUCUGAAGUAUUACCACGUGGAACAGCUGAACCUGCUACUGAGAGAGGUCAUAGGUCGAGUGGUCGUGAUGCAGGCUUACACUAAAGGUUGGCUGGGAGCUCGACGCUAUAGGAGAGAGAGAGAGAAGAGGAAUAAUGGUGCAAUUAUCAUCCAAUCAGCCUGGAGGGGUUAUGCUGCACGCCAAAAUCUCAAACAGAUCAAGAAGGAGAGAGAGGAAGCCGCCAUCCGUAUACAGUCAGCAUACAGGGGCCAUCGGGUGCGGAAAGACUACUCCGGCCUGAAGCAGAGUCGUCGCCCUUCAUCAUCCUCACUUUCAUCACAUGGAGCCCUGCGGAGGGGGUCAGGUCCAACGGUGAAGUUUCAGCAGCGAACCCCUCGGCGCCGUGGGCAGCAGCCCAAACUCCUGAACAGCCCUGAGGACAGUCUCUACUACAACCAGCUCAGUAGAACUCUGGAUUACCGGGGGAGCAAGAGGCAGCCCAGAAAACUUGGACAAAUCAAAGUGCUGGACGGUGAAGAUGAGUACUACAAAUUGCUGUCGAGCAUAGAGCCAAACCCUGGAAACUUCCAGACCGGCUCCCCCCAGGCCUUGUCAGAGGAGACUCUCCUCAGCCUGGACUGA